AUGGGGGCCGACGACGACUGCGUCGUCGUCCCCAACGGCAAUGCGUGUAGCAGGGUGGAGGACGAGUACAUCAGAAGGCACCAUCACCACCAGGUUCAAGACAAUCAGUGUAGCUCCUCCCUCGUUAAGCACGUCAAAGCUCCUCUCCAUCUCGUGUGGUCAUUGGUGAGACGAUUUGAUCAACCGCAGAAGUAUAAGCCAUUUGUUAGUAGGUGUAUUGUGCAGGGAGAUCUUGGGAUUGGUAGCCUUAGGGAAGUGAAUGUGAAGUCAGGGCUUCCGGCUACUACUAGCACCGAGAGAUUGGAGCAACUCGACGAUGAGGAACAUAUCAUAGCCAUGAGAAUUGUAGGCGGAGAUCACAGACUCAAGAACUACUCGUCCACGGUCUCAGUCCACCCAGAGGUCAUCGACGGGAGACCAGGCACAAUGGUAAUCGAGUCCUUUGUGGUGGACGUUCCAGAAGGGAAUACGAAGGACGAGACUUGUUACUUCAUCGAAGCUCUGAUCAAAUGCAACCUGAAGUCAUUGGCAGAGGUUUCGGAGCGGUUGGCUGUGCAAGACCAGACCGAACCGAUAGACAGGAUUUGA